CACUCCACCUCAAGUUGCCCAAAUCUUGGCCCAUCUCCUUCUCUCUCAUUCCCAAAGGUGGAGAGCAGGGGAAUAACGACACAACCACACCACGAUUAAGAAAAGAAAAAAAAAAAUCCCAACAAUCCCUUCCCUCUUUCCAUCCAGAUUCAUACUCGGUGCAAAAUGGGUUGAAAUCCCCCUUCAUCCUUCUCACUGUUAUCACCAGCACCUGCAGCAAUGGCAGCAGCAGCAUCAGCGUCUUCCGCAGAGCCGCCCCCACCUCCCCCUCCCGCGGAGGUUCCCCAAUGGCUCAAAUCCCUCCCCCUGGCUCCCGAGUACCACCCCACCCUGGCCGAGUUCCAGGACCCCAUCGCCUACAUCCUCAAGAUCGAGAAGGAGGCCUCCUCCUUUGGCAUCUGCAAGAUCGUGCCGCCUCUCCCCGCGCCGCCCAAGAAGACGACCGUCGCCAACCUGAACCGCUCCUUCGCCGCCCGCGAGCCAAACCCCAAGAAACCCCCCACCUUCACCACCCGGCAGCAGCAGAUCGGCUUCUGCCCCCGCCGCCCCCGCCCUGUCCAGAAGCCCGUCUGGCAGAGCGGCGAGCACUACACGCUCCAGCAGUUCGAGACCAAGGCCAAGCAAUUCGAGCGCGCCUACCUCAAGAAGGUCACCGCCGCCAGGAAAGGUGGCCUCCUCUCGCCGCUCGAGAUCGAGACCCUCUUCUGGAAGGCCUGCGCCGACAAGCCCUUCAACGUGGAGUACGCCAACGACAUGCCCGGCUCCGGUUUCGCCCCCCUUGGGGCUGCCCGGCGGUGGCGGGAGGAGGAGGCGACCAACGUUGGGGAGACGGCGUGGAACAUGCGGGGGGUGUCGAGGGCUAAGGGCUCGCUGCUGCGGUUCAUGAAGGAGGAGAUCCCUGGGGUGACGUCGCCGAUGGUGUAUGUGGCGAUGAUGUUCAGCUGGUUCGCCUGGCAUGUCGAGGACCACGAGCUCCACAGCUUGAAUUACCUGCACAUGGGGGCCAGCAAGACCUGGUACGGCGUGCCCAGGGAUGCUGCGCUUGCUUUCGAGGAGGUCGUUCGAGUGCACGGCUACUGCGGGGAGGUGAAUCGUCUUGUGACAUUCGCACUCCUAGGUGAAAAGACCACCGUCAUGACUCCUGAAGUGCUUAUUGGUGCAGGAAUCCCUUGCUGCAGAUUGGUACAAAAUGCUGGAGAUUUUGUUGUCACUUUCCCUGGAGCUUAUCAUACAGGGUUCAGUCAUGGAUUUAACUGUGGGGAGGCAGCAAAUAUUGCAACUCCUGGAUGGUUGAGGGUAGCCAAAGAGGCUGCAAUUCGAAGGGCUUCAAUUAAUUAUCCUCCUAUGGUGUCUCAUUUUCAGUUGCUUUAUGCACUUGCACUAUCUUUAUGUACAAGGAUGCCCAGGGGCAUCAGAAGUGAACCACGAAGUUCUAGACUGAAGGAUAAAAUGAAAGGAGAAGGAGAAGAGAUGGUGAAGAACAUAUUUGUUCAGAGUGUGAUUCAAAAUAAUCACCUACUUAGUGUUCUUCUUGAUAAAGGAUCUUCCUGUGUAGUACUUCCACAAAAUGGACCCGACAGUCCUUUAUGUUCAAAUUCACUUGUCAGAUCUCAGGUAAAGGUAAAACCGAGAUUAUCACUUGGUUUAUGCAGUCACCAGGAAGCACUGGAAGCAUCAAGACUUUUACCUUCCAAUGAUAUGCUGGGAUGGAAUGCAGGGAUCAGAGACUUAAGUGGUUUCGGUACGCUUAAAGGAAAUUCUGUAUCUGUAUGUCAAGGAAAGAUAAUUUCAUCAGCAACUUGCAAAUUUGGUACUGCUGAUUUCUACACUUCUUCUUUAGACUCACAGAACGGGGAAGGUGAAAAAGAAGGUACACUCCAAGGUGAUGGGUUGCUAGAUCAAGGACUAUUGUCAUGUGUCACAUGUGGAAUUUUGAGUUUUGCAUGUGUGGCUGUCAUUCAACCAAGAGAAGCGGCAGCUAAAUGCCUCAUGUCCACCGAUUAUGGUUUCCUUGGUGAUCAUAUUGAUGGUUCUGGAGAACUAAGAGAUGUAAACCAAGACACAAAUAGGAGGACAGGACAAAUUGAAAGGCACAUUGAAGAUAUGGUGGAUGAUUACUGGAUUCCUUGUGGCAGAUAUUCAGCACAAGUUUCAGAACAGGGUGUUGAAGUGCUGUCUGAUGAUACAGGUCAGAGAGGCAUAUCUGCACUUGAUCUUCUAGCUUCUGCAUAUGGGGGUACAUCAGACACUGAGGACGAAGAAAUUCUGCAUGAGAAAUCUGCUUGUACUGAUGAAAAUGAUAUCAAAGACUCCCCAUUAUCAUGUAAACCAAAUGAACAUCCAAACGUUGCAAAUGAGUUGCAAAACUUCUGUUCAAGUAAGGAUCCAAAUAAGGAGAUAGAUUUGUCCUUAGUUGGAUCAGACAGCCAAAAUGGGACUGCUCAAAAUUCUCACUACACUGGUGGUUCAGAUGAUUCAAGUAAACUAACAAAUGUUAGUGCUGGAGAGAAAUGCCAGCUGAAAUUGGAGUUCCAUGGCAGUAAUCAGCCAGAAAAUGCAAAAUCUGCUGAAGAAGAUAGUUUAGAUGAUAAUAGGGAAAUCACAACUUCUAAUAGUUCAAUAAAAUCCAUGGAGGAACCAAGAGAUUUUAGUUAUAGGGAAGCAGAUGGUGCUUGCCAUGCCAUUGGAAGUGAUGACAACCAUCAGAGCAACAUGAAGAUAGGGAACCCAGAUUUUGGUUCUGAAAAUCUCUCCAUUCAACCUGAUGUCUGCUCUGAAUCAUCGGAACCAACAAAAGGUACUGCUACUCUAUCAAGGAAUGCUGAUAUUAAAACAACAGAUUCAGCCUUAACCGUCUUGCAAAAAUGUGACAAAGAUUCUUCUAGAAUGCAUGUUUUUUGUCUUGAACAUGCUGUGGAGGUUGAAAAGCAACUUCAGCCGAUAGGUGGUGUGCAUAUUAUGCUUUUGUGUCAUCCAGAUUAUCCUAAAAUAGAAGCAGAGGCAAAACUAUUGGCAGAAGAGCUGGGAAUUGAUUAUACUUGGAAGGAUGUUCAUUUCAAAGAGGCCACUAAGGAAGACCAAGAGAGAAUCCGGGCAGCCUUGGAAGAUGAGGAAGCCAUACCUAUGAACAGUGACUGGGCUGUGAAAUUGGGCAUCAACCUAUAUUACAGUGCUAAUCUUAGCAAGUCUCCCCUCUAUAGCAAGCAGAUGCCAUACAAUGCAGUCAUAUACAAGGCAUUUGGUUGCAAUUCCCCAGGCAACUCCUCUUCAAAGCCAAAGGCUUCUUCUGGGAGGAAACCAGGAAGGGAGAAGAAAAUAGUUGUUGCUGGUAGGUGGUGUGGGAAAGUUUGGAUGUCAAAUCAGGUCCAUCCAUAUUUAGCUCAUAGAAAUGAAGAUCAUGAGCAUGAUCAUGUGGAAAAACUAUACUCUCAAAGCACUGGUCGAAAGUCUAAGGUUGAGGCAGAUUUGGAGGAUGCACCUUCCAAAAGCAUCCCAUCGACUAGCAAUGCAACUGCUGCAAGAAAAGCUGGAAAGAAGAGGAAGAAGCCUCUGAGGAAGGCAAGCAACAAAAAACCCAGACGCACACAAAUAGACAACUCAGAAGAUGUGGAAGGUGUGGCUGAGACCCCCUCAUCAUCAUGUGGAAGGGUUCUAAGAAGCAGCCGCUCAAAGCAUACAGAGAUUGCUAACCGGAAAAAAUUGAACAUGAAAGAUGAAGCUGAAGGAGGGCCAAGCACACGCCUUCGGAAACGGCCAUCAAAGGCCACUGAAGAGGUCAAGACUAAAUCAGGAGGGAGGAAGCAGAUUAUGAAGAGGAAAGCAAAGAAAGCACAGGCUACAAAUCUUGUAACUAAAGAUGAGGAUGGGGAGCAUACAUGCGAUAUUGAGGGGUGUUCGAUGAGCUUUAGCACAAAACAAGAUUUGACAUUGCACAAGCGUGAUAUCUGCCCCGUCAAAGGAUGUGGUAAGAAGUUUUUCUCUCACAAGUAUCUGGUGCAGCAUCGAAAGGUGCACAUGGAUGAUCGUCCACUUGAGUGCCCGUGGAAGGGGUGUAGUAUGACGUUCAAGUGGGCAUGGGCAAGAACAGAGCAUAUAAGGGUCCACACAGGUGACCGGCCCUAUGUCUGCCAAGAACCAGGGUGCGGUCAGACAUUCCGGUUUGUAUCAGAUUUUAGCCGUCACAAGCGCAAGACAGGUCAUUCGAUAAGAAAGGGCAGGAGAUGACUCUACCCGAUAUAGGCCUUCUGAUCUUGGAGAAGUUGGAGGUUUGCGAGUUUGUCUUAUGCAAAUGCCACCAGUUGGAGCUUAGGAUAUAGGGUAGGAGCGUCACUGUAUUUUUCUUUUCAUGUUUCACACUAAUCUGCUUAUUUCCCGGGCUCCAUUGGGCCCACUUAAUUUACUUUAAUUCUUAGGGUAUUUGCUCUGUGAAACAAACUGAAAUUGUCCAAGAUAAAGGCUGUACUGAAGGAGAUUGUCAUGCA